AGUAUCGACCUAUCAGCCAACAGCGGAGCACAGCGCAGUGUGGACAUUCAGGAACAACACUUUGAAUGCAAGGACUGCAACUUGAACCGGACUAUUAUCCAUCAAAAUGAACAACGGACCUGUCGUCAUCGUAUCUGCUGCUCGGACUCCCAUUGGGUCCUUGAAUGGAGCUCUGUCCACAGUGCCACUCCCUGACUUAUGUUCAGUGGUGAUCAAGGACGUCCUGAAGCGGGCAGCUGUGAAGCCAGAAGAGGUCUCUGAGGUUAUCAUGGGACAUGUCCUAACAGCAGGUAAUGGGCAGAACCCAGCACGUCAGGCAAGUGUUGCGGCUGGUAUCCCCUACCCUGUCCCUUCAUGGAGCUGCCAGAUGGUGUGUGGCUCUGGACUGAAGGCUGUGUGUCUGGGAGCUCAGUCGAUUCAGACUGGAGAGUCUGCCAUAGUGGUGGCAGGGGGCAUGGAGAGUAUGAGCAGGGCUCCUCACACACUGCAAAUGAGAGCAGGAGUGAAGAUGGGCGAUGCCUCCCUGCAGGACUCCAUGGUGGCGGACGGCCUGACAGACGCCUUCCAUGGCUACCACAUGGGCAUCACAGCUGAGAAUGUGGCAAAGCAGUGGGCCGUUACUCGAGAGGAGCAGGACCUGUUUGCCGUCCAGUCCCAGAACAAAGUAGAAGCUGCGCAGAAAGCAGGACACUUUGACCAAGAGAUUGUCCCGGUCGUGGUGCCGUCCAGAAAAGGUCCAGUGGAGGUGAAGGUGGACGAGUUCCCCCGUCACGGCAGCAAGGUUGACAGCAUGUCCAAACUCAGACCCUGCUUCAUCAAGGACAGCAGUGGAACAGUCACUGCUGGAAACGCCUCAGGUAUUAAUGAUGGAGCAGCAGCAACCGUCCUAAUGAGUCAGUCAGAGGCUGAGAGGAGAGGUAUUAAACCCAUGGCUAGAAUUGUAGCGUGGGCUCAAGCUGGCCUUGACCCGUCUAUCAUGGGAACCGGACCAAUACCAGCCAUCAAGAAAGCGGUUGAAAAAGCAGGUUGGAAGCUAGACCAAGUCGACCUAUUUGAGAUUAAUGAGGCAUUUGCUGCUCAGUCUAUUGCUGUGGUCAAAGAGCUCGGGCUGAAUGUAGACAAGGUAAAUGUGUGUGGCGGUGCCAUUUCUCUGGGCCAUCCCAUCGGCAUGUCCGGCUGCAGAGUGCUUGUGACCUUGCUGCACGCUCUGCAGAGGACUGGAGGCCAUAAGGGAGUGGCGUCUCUCUGCAUCGGAGGAGGCAUGGGCAUCGCCAUGUGCGUGGAGAGGGACUGAGAUGGGACAUGAAUUGCACUUAAACUAUUUUAAACGGAUAAGGGAUACUGAAAUAUGUUUACGCUGCAGGACUUGAUAUAAAAUAGUUUACUAGGGGUCUUUAAAUCACUGUACCUGAGGCAGAAAUGAUUGGAGUAAAUGUAAUUGCUUCUCACUGUGAAAUUCUUAAAUUAAUUUUUCCUCAGGUUCUAGCUUAGUAGCAUGUGACUUAAUGCAGAACUAUCUGGGAUGUGUCCAUGUAUAACUUGUGUAUGCUGACAGCUUUAACAUAAACCAGUCGUACAUAUUUUACUUCUUGCAGUCAGGUAUAAGUUUUGCUAAAUAGUCACUUUACUAAAAGGGAGUAGUUUAACCUGCUUUCAGUUGUGCACAACUGAAGAAAUUAAAACAUUAAGGGCCUGAUUCACUAAGAAUGGAUUGCUGCAGCUAAUAGCUCCAAAAGUUGAGCUUCAAUUGCUCCCGCUAUCUUCUCCGUCUCAAGGUGUAAUUCACAAAGUAUCAACGCAAAAUAUAUUCAGGCGAAAAGGCGUCCUGCUCCGUGCAGUUUGCUCUCGUUUUGCGUCUGAAUUUGAUGGACUAUUUGUAAUGGGAACAUCAAAGUAAUAUUUACCGACUUUAAAAACAGAUCAUUUACUAUUUCAUAGUCAAACAGGAGAAAUUGUUUUCCUAACCCCUGGAAAGGUUGCUUAACAGCCCUUACAAAUAGUGGCGCAGAUACCUUCUUACCAUUUCAAUAUAAAUGGUAGUUAUUGCCCAAAAAUCACCAACGCUGUUUGCCCACUUAGCGGGGUCAAGAGCUGAGCAAUCCUUUAGUGAAUCAGGUCCUAAAUAUGCAAAAGGAUGGCUUCACGGGUGCCUGAUAUGGCAAUAUUUUUUUAUUUUUAGAAAUUGCUCAAACUCAGAUUUUGGUUGGUGGUGUUGCCAUUGGUUACCAACAACAUUGUGAAAACUGAUAUACAUUCCUCUUUCUCUGACCUAUUGUGCAGACUAAUACAGCUAAGUGCCAUAAAGGUUAAGUAUGCCAGCAUUCUCUAACCUUGAGCUUCCUGUACAAAGCUAUAUGUUUAUGAAAAUGUUUCCUGUAAUGUCUCUGUUCAACAUAUCAGUAAAGAAUUAGAAUAAG